GUUGAUCCAUUCAGUCAGUCCAGAGCAGCGGCUUCACUGCUGGGGACGAGGCGCGAACGGAACAACGCAUUUAACAGUGAUGGCCUUGGCUAUGCAGAUGUGCUGGUAAACCUGCUGCUGCAUGUAAGAAAAAAAAAACAGACAUCUUGAUAAAAUACCUAUCUAAAGUCAGAAGGAAGAAAAAAGUACCAGCAUAAACAAAUGCCAUCAUGUACAGUGUGGAGGACCUGCUCAUCUCUCAUGGAUACAAGCUACCCAAACAUCCCACAUCCUCCACCCCUACAGCAUUCCCUACAUCCUCGUCCUGUCAGCCGUCCUCAUCUUCACCUCCAUCCUACAGUAAAUGCCAUAAAAUUCUGGAAAAUAGGCCUGACUCAAAGACAGUAAAUGGCUAUGAAAUGGGGCCUAUCAUGGCCUUGGGAAACAGCGGUGGAAUGAGACAAGUCCAAGCAGUUGGUGGGGGCUGUCCCAAUAACAACAAUGAACCCAGGGAUGGGAGCCAGCAAAAACAGGAUGCAGAGAACCGGGGCCAAACUGACACCCAUUCAUUAGGAGAGUCACUGACCUCAGAUAGUGGCUUUUGUGAUGCCAGCAGGGGCCCACAAUUGCAGUCCAAAGAUGUUUCCUUUUGGAGGAGGAGAGGCCAGGAUUUCACAGUGCUGCCGGACUACACUAACUACAGAGAACCCCAUGGAAGUGAACAGGAGGAAUACAUUGGGCCUGAAGGACUUCAACAAGCAACAGGUCAAGAGCUUUCUGUAGAGGACCAUAAAAGGGCAGCUCAAGAGAGGCAGCACUGGGUAGCCCAAGUCCAGGUUCAGACUCAAUCACAGGCCCAGGUCCUGGCUCAUAACGAUUCUAAAGAGAGGGAAGCUGCUCUUCAUCAGUGGAGGAUGGCUGCUGAGAGGAAGUGUCAAAGCCUAGGGACAGAAGAGUGGCAUCCAACUGUGACAUCUGGACCUCAGCUCUCUCAAAGUGAGGAUGAGCGCUGGGCACAGGAGCAGCAACAGUUCAAUGCCAGAACACCAGAGGAAAUGGUAGUCCAUCCAAGGACUAAAGCCAAAUCCCAGUCCCGGCCCAGGAUGCUGCAAUCUGAGAGCCUUCGGUAUAUGGAUGUAGCCUUGUCUGGUCGGGAGCUGUACAGGCGGGUCAAUGGCCACCCACCGUCUUCUUUCCAAAAUCUUUACAGGGCACCCCACUGGCCAGAGAAUGGUAGGCCAGCUAGUGCCAACCAACUCCCAAUGACACCAAAACUCCACUUUACCCGACCCCCCAGACCUCCUUCUUAUGAGAUGCACCAACAGAUUAGAGGAAGCUGUGAGGUGCUGUCUAGCAGAGAAUCACUUCCUUCGCAUGCAAGGGACAGAACCCCCAUUCCCAUAUCAAGAACUACAGACCAUAACUUGGACUACUUUGCACAGGAUUCUGGACCCCCAGUGUACAUCCCUCCUCCAUCAUAUAAAAGAAUUCCUAUAAUUGGAGGGGGGCGGCAAGGAUACGGUGAUGUCCCUGUUGACCACAGGUACAGAAGAAGUGUGUAUCAGCAAGUGCAAAUGGCUCCUGAUGGAUCUCACUGGUUCUUCAGACACCCAGCAAGUUCUUGGCCUGGCCCACAUAGAGAAAGAAGCAUGUCUAAUCAGAAGAAGCUUUACUCUGUAUAUUCUACCCAAAAACGACCAAGAGGAGGAGUACAGUAUAUCUCAUUUGACGAUCCUCAUAUUCGUCAUAUUUCCUCAGCCCCGGGAGGCAACUCCCUAACAGAUGCUGACAAAAUUCGCCACAUCUUUAACGAGCUUCCCAGGGUCACCGUGUCAGAGCCUGCACAUGACGACUGUGCCUUAUUGCCCCCGCCAUUGGGGCCUUUUAUCUCUGCCAAAAUGAAAGAGAAAGAUAAGCAGAUGUCUUCUAGCAACUUUCAUGUCAAUGAGAGGUGGCAAAAUGAUUUGCACAAAAAAACUAUUGAUAACUUCCCAGCAUCUGACCAAAACUGUAAUAACAGUUACAACUCAAAGUCUCAACUUUUUUCUUCAUCACCCUCUUCAGCCUUUCAAGCCCUAUUUUCAAGAACCUCUUCUCAUCAAGAGUCUAACUCAGAGCAUGUCUUUGCCAAAACCAUAACUCAAGUCAAGACAAUUGUACCAGAUUCAGGAGCAGAAAACAAUAGGAACACCAAGAGGAGAGUUAGUGAAACCAUUUUCUGCCUUGUGUCUGUUCCCAUUCACACACCAACCAACAUCCACACAGAUUUAACAGCUGAUCAGAACAACAAUGAGGCAAAACCAAACUUGACCAUUACCAAUACCAAAACCUUUGCUGUAGGCCUCAAAGAAAGCCCAAAUAUUCGUAGCAAGUCUGUAAAUGAGAUGCCUCUCAAAUCACAGUAUUCUCACUUUCAUUCCAGCAGGACAUCCUCAAUGAGGAAUUACAAGCGAGCUCCUUUAAGGAAGGAAGUAAUAGAUGCCUGGGUACUCCAAGCAAAUAAAGAAAAAAACUCAUGUUAUGCUGGAUCCUGGCCUGGAAACCAGUAUCGUAAUCAGGAAACUCAGACUGUCUCACCUAUUAAAGAUGGUAAAAGUCCAGAACCCCAGAGCUUAACUGUGGGACAGGAGCCUAUACAGUCUGCCUCCAAUAUGGAUAACAAUUUUGGAACAGACAGCCCCUCUUCCUAUGGCUACCCUAUGGCUGGUCAAAAAAACCUUCAUCCUUCCCGCAACAGCGCCUUUUCCUGUCUCAGCAUCAGCCCAAUACAAACCUCAUCAUUUCAGCCCUCACAACAAGACCCAUCCUCUCCUUCCAAAGCACAGAAUCAAACUGAGCAUCUAUCAUUCUCCUCUUCGAAGAUGAACAUUCCACCAGAAAGUGCAGAGACAGUGAUUUUUGGUCAGUUUCUCUUAAAGCCAGUGAACCAAUGGCCCUGUGAUGUCAUUGGUGAAUUGGAGACUAUCAAUAAAGAGAUGGAAGACACAAUCAGCAAGAGACCAAAUGUGGGUCAAAUCCUCAAUGAAGCUGACAAUGUAGAUAAGAGACGAGCUUGGGUGGAUGGACCAUGUUAUACUGCUGGUCCAGAAGCAGGCCAAGACACAAUUAAUCUUCCACCUAUACACAUAGAGCAGCCCAACCACAUAAUAAAGAGAUCAAAGUCAUUUGACUCUAGUCCUGAUCUAGAAUCCAUUGAAAGGAAUAACUCUUUCCUCAGGCCACAGGCCAACAAGAACACCCUGCUCCUUAGUUCAAACCCCAGAGACAAUUUUCUUCUUUCCUCUCUUCCCCCACAUGAUGAGUCAAACCAGCUCUAUAAGCAGGACAUUCCAGUCCCUCAAGAAUCCUUAUUGAGAGAUGUGGGACUAACUGUUUACACAGAAACUCCUGGUGGGCCCGGAAAACCAAUGCAGCGCUCACUCUCAGUUCCAUCUUCACUAAGUCAAAAUUAUCUUAGUCAGUCAAAAUCUAGUGGCAGCUUUGAGCAAGAUUCAGAUGAAAAACUUUAUUCUAGAGUAAAUAUUGAGCAAAAUGCUGAAUCAGAAAUGAUUUCACAAUGCAGGGAUGAGACAAAUGCUUUUAGAAAAAGCUAUGAAAGUUGUAUAGCACCUCAGAAAGAAAGCUCAUCAUGUAGCACAAAGCAGGCAUUCAGUGUUUCUUUUGUAUUUGAGGAUGAUGAUAGCAGUGAAAUAUAUGCACUUUCUGAAUCUUUGACCUAUAAGAAUGACUCGACAAUGGCAGAUAGGCACCUAGAGAGCUUACUUAAUCAGGAAAAAGCUAACUCCUUGCCUGCAGAGGACCUCAGCAACCUGUAUGAGGUCCAGUGUGCAGAAGGAAUUCCUGAAAACGAGUCCAGAGCAGAAAGAGCAGCACAAAUCCUGGGUAUAGCUUUUCCAGUUGAGACUUUAUGUGUGGCUGACAAACAGGCUGAUGAUAGUCAGCCUAAUGCAGGCCCUACCUUAGCUGAGAAACACCACAGUUCAAAACAAGACAUACAGUAUGUGGUAGAAAAGUGUGUGCAAGUCAGCAAGAAAUUUCUGACAGUCCAGGGAGCAAAUACAGAAGAGACUAGAUCAAAGGUGGAGGUAAAGCCUAUAUAUGACCACACUGAUGGCCAAGACAACCAGGAUACAAACAGCCAGCCAGGUCUAGACCUUCCUGAGUUCCCACCAAGUAAACUUCUACUGUCCCUACCUGUCGCCCCAGACAAAAAGCUGGCACUCAGCAUGUACAGUGCAGAGAAGAAAGGAAGAGACGGGGCAUGUAAACAAAUUGAUUCUGUGCUGGAUAAGAUGAACUGUUCUGCAGUUUUAUCUGCUGAACCUCUGACCAGUUUAACUACAGAGAGAAUGUCUCGUUUUAAAAAACUAGACUCUGUGUCUCAAAUAAGAAGCCUCAGCCUGAAAAGUCCAGUAUCUGAAGAAAAAACAGAGACUAAAGAAAGAGUGAGCGAAGCAAAGGGAUAUGAUUUUCACCAAGAGGAUAAGGAAUGGAAUGAAAAUAGAAGUACAAAGGAUCACAACCAAGUUGAACACGUGAAUGAAAAUUUGAAGUUGGAAAUUGUUGAAGAGUUAAAAGAUGACAUUGACAGGGGGAGUAAAAAAGAACGAAAACAAGAAGAAGUAGAAGAGAAUGCUAUUGAAGUUGUUCUAACAGUAGACAAUAAGCAGGGUAAGGAAGUAUUUGAAGAAAAAAUUAAGUUAAACAUUUUAGAAGAAGGCUCUGAGAACACUUUGAUGAAUGUAAGAGAGGAGCAUACUGCAGUAGCAGUUGAAAGAGCUGAAUUGACACAACAAUCAAAGAGAGAAAAGUUUCCCAUACCAAAGCAGCGCACCAGGUUCCAGAAACCUCCUCUCCUUCCUAAACCUUGCAGUGUUCCCAAGAGAGAAGUAACUCUGCCACCAAGCUCCAGCACCAGGACCUGUGGCCCCACAUAUCUGGAUGAUAAGGAAAUGCUUUGUGUCCCAGGUGGGUGGGUGUGA